CUUUGGUCUUCACUAAACCCGCGCACUAGUGUGCGUGUUUUCUGCAUGCUACUGAACAAGGGCACGUUUGUAGCUCACGUGGUGCCCCACAUAGGAGGGACCACCCAAAUAAAUAGAGCCACCUAUAAAAUGAUAAACACUAGAAGAAAGAUAAGCAUAUCUUUUUGAUUCUUUGAAUCCUCAUGGAGGCUGCUCAAGAGCUGCAACGAGAAACGGAAACCCGAGGUGACAAGCCAGAGCAAAACUCACAUAAAGGCACCUCUCUUACCAACCUACUGCAACUUCCUAAACUCAAACAUUACAAGUGGUGGCUUCGUGUGUCUUCUUACAUCCUCUUUCUCCUUGCCGGCCAAUCUGCAGCUACUCUCUUGGGAAGAUUAUACUAUGACAAAGGUGGGAAUAGCAAAUGGAUGGCAACAUUUGUUCAAUCAGCAGGCUUCCCAAUUCUACUCCCCCUUCUCUUUUUCUUCUCAUCCCCCGUAAAUACUUCCUCUGCAAGACCACCACCUGUCUCCACCCUUGCCCUUCUCUACCUAUUUUUGGGCCUACUCUUGGCAAGUGACAACCUGAUGUAUUCAUACGGACUCCUAUACCUACCUGUCUCUACUUAUUCUCUGCUAUGUGCAACCCAAUUGGCCUUCAACGCGCUCUUCUCCUUCUUCCUCAAUUCCCAAAAGUUCACACCCUUUAUACUCAACUCUCUAGUCCUUGUUACCAUGUCGGCAGCCCUUCUUGCAGUCAAUGCCGACUCUGAAAACACAACAGCAGGAGUCCCUAAAGGGAAGUAUGUAAUUGGAUUUCUUUGCACGGUUGGUGCAUCUGCAACAUACUCAUUAUACCUCUCCCUAGUGGAGCUGUCUUUCCAGAGGGUGAUCAAAACAGAGACCUUCUCUGCUGUCUUGGAUAUGCAGAUAUACCCAUCAUUUGUUGCAACAUGUGCAUGCGUGGUAGGACUUUUCGCAAGCGGUGAAUGGAAAGUUUUGGAGAAAGAGAUGAAGGAAUAUGAAAAAGGAAAGAUAUCCUACUUGAUGACUUUGAUUUGGACGGCAGUGACAUGGCAGAUUUCUUCGGUGGGUAUGUUGGGGUUGGUUUUUGAGGUGUCUUCUCUCUUCUCCAAUGUCAUUGGUACAUUGGCUUUGCCUGUUGUUCCCAUUCUUGCGGUAGUAUUUUUCCAUGACAAGUUAGAUGGGGUGAAGGUGAUGGCCCUGCUGUUAGCAUUCUGGGGCUUUCUUUCAUACAUCUAUCAACAUUAUCUCGAUGACUCUAAAUCCAAGGUAAACGAAACGAAUGCUGAUGAGGCUUCGAGCUCUGUUAUAUAGAUUUGUUGAAGGCUAGGAUAUUCAAAAAUUCCUUCUUUGCUGAUGAUCCUACAAAACACGUAUAUUUUUCGUUUUAAGUUCUUCAGUGAUUUAAGUAUGUAGAUUACAUCAAUUGCAAAUGAAUUUUAGACUUGAAAUGGGCAGGGGCCGCGCGAACGCAGGCCCCAACUAGCACAAAUAAUGACGUAGGCUCUCCCACAUUGGGGAGACCUUAGGCGAGCACCCCUCCCAAGUGCAAUGGAGGUCACUAACCUAGGCCAUGGUCCUACAUGAUCGACCAUUGACCCCGUCCAGGUAAGUAUCUUGCUCCGUCCCUCUCACUUCUCAUAUCUACGAGCGAGCCUCCACCUCUUCACUCGUGAAGUCUCGAUGUGGGACUGUUCGAAUAUACUACAAGGCUUUAUGCCGUAGGGCCGGUGUUAAGGCAUGAAUUCAAAUUACCAUGGAGAAAAAAGCAAAAUCAAUCCUUGCUUUGCAUCUUUAUAGAUUUUUUUUUUUUUUUUUCUAAUUAAAUAUGGGAGAAGGAUUACAAAGAGGAAAUCUUUCCCACUUCUUUAUAGAAUCAAUUCAUGUGGUUUGAAUUUUUUAUGUGGUUUACUUUUGUAUAAAAA